GGCCAUUGGGACCAUUAUCAGUUGUGUCUUUUGGUUUCAAGUUGUAAGAAGUCCUGUCAAAGUUUAUGUCAUUUGCUAUGCUGUUUCUGUUCCAUUUUCAGUUCAAAGAGUGGUAGAGUAGAGGAGGAGGCAUGGCUCAGACAUUUGGGUGCAGCUCUGGAGAUAGUAGAUGGUCUCUCAAGGGAAUGACUGCUCUUGUAACCGGUGGAACUAAAGGAAUUGGGCAUGCAAUUGUGGAGGAACUGGCUGGAUUAGGAGCAACCAUACACACGUGUUCUCGAAAAGAAACCGAGCUCAAUGAAUGCUUAAAGGAUUGGAAAGCUAAAGGUUUUGGAGUGAGUGGUUCAGUGUGUGAUGUAUCCUCUCGGGCCCAAAGGGAGAAGCUAAUGGAGACUGUCUGUUCUGUUUUCAAUGGGAAGCUGAAUAUCCUUGUCAACAACGCUGCUAUUUUUAUUCGGAAACCAACAGUAGAGGUCACGGCAGAAGAGUUCUCAACAAUCAUGGCCAUAAAUUUUGAAUCUGUGUAUCACCUCUCCCAACUCGCACACCCCCUUUUAAAGGCAUCAGGAGCGGGAAGCAUUGUAUUCAUCUCCUCUGUUGCCGGCGUAGUGUCAGUCAAGUAUCAGUCUGCUUAUUCAGUAACCAAAGGAGCAAUGAAUCAACUUACAAAGAAUUUGGCAUGCGAGUGGGCGGAAGACAAUAUUAGAAGUAAUGCAGUUGCUCCUUGGUACAUCAAAACUCCGAUGGUGGAUCAGAUGCUCAGUAACAAAACCUUUCUGGAAGAGGUGAUAAAUCGAGCUCCACUUCGCCGUGUGGGAGAUCCGAAGGAGGUGUCAUCUUUGGUGGCUUUCCUCUGUCUACCAGCAUCAUCUUACAUUACUGGACAGACUAUUUGUGUUGAUGGUGGCGUGACUGUUAAUGGUUUUGAGCCAAACCUGUUCUAGGAACAUCAUUAAGACUCUAAAAAAUCUUAGCUUCCUCUACCGCUUUCCUGUUUGGAUCCUGUCUUUUUCCUGAAUAAUCUGUUUGUGGUGGUAUGUACUCUUCUGUUUUUUCGGUGUGGGGUUCAUUUGAAAACAUUGUUGCAUGAUGCUUAUAAUAAUCGUUGGAAAGUUUGCAAGAAGUUACUUAUCAUUGGAUGAGAUUCUUGUGAUGGGUGUUUCCUAUAAUCAGAUUUAUCUUGUU